AUGCCCAUCUCGUGGGACCAAGGAGCCGAUGCCCGGCUCACCGUGGCUUUGGCCAGCACCGGAUCGCCUGAUCUGAAUGCUGUGGCUAAAAUGAUGGGAGAAGGAGUCACUGUGUCGGCAAUCAAACAUCGCUUGGUUCGGAUCCGACAGGGAGCCGGAAUCACACCUACUGGCGUUUCUAAGAAGAACAACAAGACCAAUGGUGCCAAUAACCGUGUUGCAAAGACCUCUUCUACGAAGAACUCCGCUCCCAUUAGGCGCAAGAGCCGUGCACCCAAGUCCAGCACGACUGCCGAUCCUAUUCACGCUGGUAAGGGAUUAGAUACUUCAGCUUCUACCGAUGUCUCCUCCUCCAUUCCUGCUGGGUUUCCGGACGAAAAGCCCGACACAGAGCUCAAGUGCGAAGAUGAGGAGAUUGGUGGUUCCGAGAAAGAAGACGUCCAAGAAGAGGAACAAGAAGGAUUUGACUACGAUGACUAUGUUUAA